UCAUCAGACCUUUCCCUUCUCACCUAUUACUCACUAUACACCAAAAUCAGCAAGCUAACUGCUCCCUUCUUGACAGGACCUCGGGUUUUUCGUGCAUUAUCCAUUUUGUAAUGCUGUCCGGUCCACUUCGAUCAUAAUCCUCCUGUCGACGUGUAAAGUGGAGGACAUGCCUUACACUCCACCUUCUCAUCGAUCGCCUUCCUCGUCAAAAUCCAACAGUCCCACUAUCAGCCGAAAUAACUCCUAUAUCUCUCCGGACGCUCUGUCGCCACAGGAGCAGCACAAGCGACCACACCUCCCCCGAUCCGUCACCUCGACUUCCUACCUCCAGAAACACCGACGAACCCCCUCCAUAUCCGACCACAACGAUGGAAAUAAGGCAGCUAUGAAUGGGUCGGUCUGGUCGAGCUCAUCGAGAGCUGGUACCCGGUCUCUCGGCCCAACCGCUGCCAAUGGCAAGCUCAUUCGCUCAAACAUGGCAUCCGGGGACCCACACAGCUCCGAUGAGGAGGAUCGACGGGGCCUCAAGAGUCUCGCCGAGCUUCAUCAUGCUCUUGCGGACAUUCCUCAGCGUCGGGAUCCCUCCCCGGACCGCGGGACUGAUGGCAGCGUAAAGUCGCCCUCAGGAUCGCCGGUCAAACGACCACCGAGACCAGCCUUGACUCCUGAGGCUCGGAAGAUCUCUCAUUCGCGGUCAUCGAGCGAACUGGCCCUCUCCAGCUUGGUCACCAACAUCCCCGACUCCCUGAUCCAUAGCACCGACGACAGCGAGGAAGACAUGUCGGUCAAGCCCCCGCUCAUCCGCAAAAAGUCUGGUGAACUGGUCAAGCCGGCGUUGAGGCCUGCUUCUCAUCGGCGUCCAUCGAGCAUGCCGGGCACUCCCACCUUCUCCAAAGCGGUCCACUUCAACGAUAAUAUUGAGCAGGUCCGACAUUUCCUUCAAAUCGAUCGUCCAAUCGCAGUCAGUGCUGGUUCAUCGCCUGUCGAGAUGUACGAGAGCGAUGCAGAAUAUCCGUUUUUCUCGGAAGGGGGGUCGCGACCGAAAACAUACGAGUACGAGAUCCGCCUGGUGAACUGGCCCCGGGAUACGAUGGAGAGGCGAACACAACCCGUGUGGUGCGAAAAGAUUUUCUUGUCCAGCGACUCCAAGAUGCUAGUCGGUGUGGUCGCCGUUGCAAACCUCGCGUUUAACAAAUUCGUGGUCUGCCGGUUCACUCUCGACUACUGGAAGACCACGUCGGAGGUCGUCGCGGAGUUUAACAACGAUGUGCGUCGAAAAUACGACGACGGGUAUGAUCGCUUCAACUUCAACAUCAAGCUCUCUGACCAAGCCAAUCUCGAAUCGAAAACCAUGCUCCUCUGCAUCCGGUAUACCGUCAAUGAUCAGGAGUUCUGGGAUAACAACAACAAGAUGAACUAUUCCAUCGAUUUCACCCGCAAGCCGGUUUCCCCUCCAAAGUCCAAAGCCAAAAAGGGGGCUCCAGUGUCCGGCUCUCUUGGUGCCAUUCCUCGCAGUCGCCAUUCGCCUGCUUCGGCGACCACACAACGCCCCUACAGCUUCCCUACCGCACGGAAUAUCGACGAUGACUUCGGUUCUAAGUUUGAUAACAUGUCCGAAUUCGGUUCCUUCAACGACGCACCGAAUGCUGCGGUGUUGCGACUCAAGGGCAAGCCUCGAAAAGCUGGUUUCCUCCCGGACGAUGCACGUCGACGUGCCAACCCCUCGCAGCACGGCUUCUCCAACCGAUAUGACUUCUCGGCAAGCUUAUCGGCGGCAUUGUCGAAUGCACAGUCGGCCAUAGGGGAUCGAAGCGGGAUCCAACCGAAAGGGAAAGCGACCCAAGGAGCACCGACUUCGUCGGUAUCUCCAGAGCAGCAACGUCGCAUCCUCGACACGAAGGCGGUGGGAGGGGUACCGGACCGGGGACGCGGACGUGGACGGCCGGACACGCUGUCAUCGGAGAAACCGGACCUUCAGUCGGCCGAAUACAAUGAGUUGAUCCAGAAAUAUUGCUUCGUACGUACACCCCCCGCGACGAGGAUGUAUUGAGAGAC